CUAGGUGGGCAGGCUUCCUGUGGGUCCGCGGAGCGCGGGAAGCGGCCAGGGGCUGGCGUUUCGUGUCCAGUGUCGACACUUUAGCCUCGUCGACCUGCUUAGGGGCGGUAUCUCCGGGCCGCGCGGGCCGAACUGAGGCCAGAACCCAGGCGUGGCUGGCGGCCGCCCGGCAACCUCCCGGGGCUGAGGGCGCGUGCGCUCUUCGAGGCUGAGUGUUCGAAUCCCCACUCUGGAGCUUGGUGUCUGGGCAGUAGCUAGCACUCAGGAGGCAACUUUUGUCUUAACUCGAGUUUGAGGAGCCCAGGUUGGUGUCUGGCUUCUCGACGGGUGUAACAGACUCAUCCUAAGCUUCUGGUACUGAAAGCUGUCAGGCUGUUCGCACUUAACGCUUUUCUCCCAAGCAUCUCCAGAAGCAGAGGUAGGUUUUCUUUUUUGUUGUGAUGGCCGAAACUUUGUAUUCCACUACUGUUUAAUGUUUUACAUUAUCUCCUAUGAAGAACCCCCAUGCCUCUGUCAGUUUGUCAUACUGUGGGGGCUUGCGUGUUGCUGUGAUGCAGGAAGCUAUGCCACAGGUAUUGAGGUACUAGCAGGGUCACCCAUGGAGACAGGUUUCUACUGAGCUAUCAGACUAAAACAGGCUAGGAAGAAGGACCCGGCAGUCUACUUCUGAAGAGAAUUAGCCAGUGAAAACCUUACGAAAAGCAGUGGAACAUUGUCUGAGAGGAGCCCCUCAGGUUGGAAGGAAGGCACUCAAAAUAAGACUGGGAAAGAGCUGCAGCGUCAAAGUAGUCGACCUUUAUGAUGUGGAUGGAGUCAAGCCUUCGGGACCUUCAUUUGCUGAUGUCACACGACUCGAAAUGAGAAGAAACAGCUGCAGACAUCCAUUCUCCUUAGAAGCAAAGAUGGACCACCUUCUCAGCUUGCAGGCGGCGGCGGCCCAGAUCAGACGAGGCGGGAGCAUGGCCAUGUUCUCUGAGCAGGCUGCACAGAGGAUCCCCACCCUGCUGUCUCCACUGUCGGCCAACACCCCCACCUUUGCCCGGGUGCCUGUGGUGGCCUACACCAACUCCUCGCAGCCCUUCCGGCUUGGGGAACGCAGCUUUAGCCGGCAGUAUGCCCACAUUUAUGCCACCCGUCUCAUCCAGAUGAGGCCCUUCUUGGUGAGCCGGGCCCAGCAGCACUGGGGCAGUGGAGUCAGGGUGAGGAAGCUGUGUGAGCUGCAGCCCGGUGAGGAGUGCUGUGUGGUGGGGACCCUCUUCAAGGCCAUGCAGCUUCAGCCCUCCAUCCUGCGGGAAGUCAGUGAGGAGCACAACCUGCUCCCUCAGCCUCCUCGGAGCAAAUACAUCCACCCAGAUGACGAGCUAGUCUUGGAAGAUGAAUUGCAACGAAUCAAACUAGAAGGCACCAUUGAGGUGCAGAAGCUGGUUACAGGCACGGUUCUGGCUGUGCUCGGCUCCGUGAGAGAUGAUGGGAAGUUUCUGGUGCAGGAUCAUUGCUUUGCUGACCUCGCCCCUCAGAAGCCAGUGGUCCCCCUAGACACAGACAGCUUCUCCUGCAGGUUUGUGCUGCUGGUGUCUGGUCUCGGGCUAGGUGGAGGUGGUGGCGAGAGCCUGCUGGGCACCCAGCUGCUCGUGGAUGUGGUGACGGGACAGCUCGGGGAUGAAGGGGAGCAGUGCAGUGCUGCCCACAUUUCCCGGGUCAUCCUGGCAGGAAACCUCCUCAGCCAAAACACCCAGAGCAGAGACUCCAUCAAUAAGGCCAAGUACCUCACCAAGAAAACCCAGGCAGCCAGUGUGGAGGCCGUCAAGAUGCUGGAUGAGAUUCUCCUGCAACUGAGUGCCUCAGUGCCCGUGGAUGUGAUGCCUGGUGAAUUUGACCCAACCAACUACACGCUGCCCCAGCAGCCUUUGCACCCAUGCAUGUUCCCGCUGGCCACUGCCUACUCCACACUCCAGCUGGUCACCAACCCCUACCAGGCCACUAUUGAUGGAGUCAGAUUCCUCGGUACCUCAGGACAGAAUGUGAGUGACAUCUUCCGCUACAGCAGCAUGGAGGACCACCUGGAGAUCCUGGAGUGGACCCUGCGAGUGCGUCACAUCAGCCCCACAGCCCCUGACACCCUAGGCUGCUACCCCUUCUACAAAACAGACCCCUUCAUCGUUCCUGAGUGUCCUCACGUCUACUUCUGUGGAAAUACCCCCAGCUUCGGCUCCAAAGUCAUCCGCGGCCCUGAGGACCAGACCGUGCUACUGGUGGCUGUCCCUGACUUCAGUGCCACGCAGACUGCCUGCCUCGUGAACCUGCGCAGCCUGGUCUGCCAGCCCAUCAGCUUCUCAGGCUUUGGGGCAGAGGAUGAAGAGGACCUGGGGGGCCCAAAUCUGCACCCCUGACCCUCCAAGGCAGCCCUGACAAGAGGCCAGGGCUGCACCAGCCUUCACUUUGUAAAUAAAUCCUGAACAUUG